AAAUUUUAUUUACACAGGAUGAUAUGUGGACUGCCAUAAGCCAAUCAUUAAAUGCUACUGGAAAUGGACCGCAAAAGCAAGGCAAAGAAUGGCAAAAGACAUGGAGGGACUGGAAAUCAAAUGUAUUAAAAAAAUGCGCCCAAAAUAAAAGUUACGCUGGCGGUACAGGCGGAGGACCACCAAAGAUUCUUAAAUUAACAGAACUAGAAGAAAAUUUAUUAGAAAUCAUAGAUCCGGAAGCAGCUGGUUUGCCUGAGAUACCUGAAGGAGGAAAUUUUAGUAGAAUUAAACAGAAAAAGUCUGCACCUAAUGAUACAAUCUCAAAAAGAUCCUCGAACGAAUCUGCUAGUUUGCUUCAGAUAUCUGAAGCAGGAAAUUUUAGUAGAAUUAGACCGAGAGAGUCUGCACUUAAUGAUACAAUUUCGAAAAGAUCUUUGAAAGAAUCUUUUUAUACAAAUGAAGGAUCAUGUAAGACUGUGCAAGAACAAAACUCAUCUAUUGCUGCGCAAAUAAAAAGAGUAUAUACAUAUAUGUGCAUUCGAAUAUAAUACA